CCGAUUCCAAGAUGGCGGAUGGUUGAGAAAGUGUUUGUGGUUUAUAACGAUAAAAAUGGCGGGAGUUUCAACAGUAGAAGUAGCAACUCAGGUUCCGUUUUAUGAUUUGUGUGCUUUGUUAGAAAGGAUUGCAAGCACAACAGGAACUGAAAAGAAGAAAAAGAUCUUGGAAUUGUUUGUCAAUUCAUGGAGAGAAACGCACGCUAAGUUGCAUGGAACUUCGAAAACAGCUGAGUAUAUAUGUUGCAUUGAUGGCUUGCUGUUAAAUCUGAAAUUCUUGAUUGCUAUUCAAGAAUAAAGUUCCUUUUGCGUGAGGGACGUUUGUUUUCUUAAAUGCCUUUGAUUGCUAUUGUGCCUUGUAUGAAGCAUGUAACUUCUCUUUUCAAUGAAGAUAUGCAUUACCCAAUUGCAACAAACAGGUGAUAAGAAUUUAGGGACGUAUCACCUAGCUUAGAGACUGUUAUGAUGAAACAUCUCUGAUCCAACCUCUUCCAACCACCCCUCCCUACCCAGAGAAGGGUAAUAGAAAACCUAAUAUGGAGGUUGGGGGAAAAGCAAUUCCCUUUGUCUCAUCAACAGUUAGUUCUUACAAUUGAUUGAUAUUUCCUUUCUGUCGCAGACUGACUCAUUUCACUCUGGUAUGCGCCUGUUGCUGCCUCAUCUUGACAAAGAACGAGGUGCUUAUGGGAUGAAGGAGGUUUGCAUAGAUUUGAUUUUUAUCCUGUAUUGAUAAUAGUUAAAUUUAUUUAUUAGUAUGGGUAUACUGUUGAUUUCAUGAAAAAUCUUUCCUUUUUGCAAUAAUCCAUAAGCUUGAUAGAGCUUUGAUUUCUUUGAAAGAAUUAUUGGAAAACUACUAGUAUAAUUUUUUUUCUUUCAUUCUCAGGUGGUUCUUGCAAAAUAUUACAUUGAAAUAUUAAGUAUAGGGAAAGACUCUACAGAUGGCCGUAAACUGCUGAAUUACAGAGCACCCAAAAAUGCCAAACAGGUACAACACUUAUUAAGAGAAAGGCACUGUAGGAUUUGAUGGUUUAACCCAAUAAAAAAUUAGUCUCCUAACAUUUUUUCAAAAUGUCCCAGUUAGUAUGAACUUUACAAGAAGUAUUUGACAAAUAAAGUUUCUUACUUACUAAUACUCACUUACCCAAUAACUAAUCUGUAUAAUGACCUGACCAAAGUUGAACCCAGUCUUCCUGCUUCCUUUCUGCAUUGUGCUCCUUUCUCAAAACAAAUAAUAUUUCUGUAGUGAUGAAAAUAUAAGGAUAAUCUUAACUCUUCUUGGAUAGGUUGCCACUGUCUACCAGAAAUAACCCUCUUGCCCUCAAAUAAUUUUUCAAGUUUCCUUGAAAGUCUGCUUCUACCUACUUAUACACCUGGUUACAGAGAAUGACCCUAAAGGCAAACUGCCCCACCCCUACACAAGCGCACUUUACAAUGACUUGGCCCAGAUUUCUUCCUCUCCUGGGGUCCAACAACUUGGUGGCCUGCCCCAGGUCUCUCCUUUUCCAAGAUAAAAACAUUAUAGAUGUCUCAGAGUUAUAACAGAAGAGGCAAAAUUAUUUAUUUACCCCUCACUGUAGGAUUCUGUGGCUGACUUUGCAAGUGUGGCUUACUUUGUUUUAAGAAACAGAUGUCCUGAGAAAGGAAGGUAAAUGCUUUUUACGCCAUUCAGCUCUUUCAAAAUCUACUCAGAUCUCAUUUAGUAAUCCUCCCCUUGAGAUGCUGAAAAUUUCCUUGUAAACUGGUUAUGAUAAUUUUGUUCUCAGAUAAAUGUUGUUAUGACAAAUUUAUUUGAAAGUUGUCAGGAAACUUCACAGGAAACUAUAAUUAAGCUAAUGAUUGGACAAAAGUGUUUUCCUUUUGUUAUUUAAUUAAACGAUUAUUUUUUUACAUGUUAGUUUGAUAUAAUUAUUAUUCUGUGUUGUAACCAUUGAAGAGCAUGGAAUAAAGUUCCUGAGCUGUUCAACAUCAUAAAAAUCAAUAAUAAAUACCCUCUCCACUCUAUAAAUUUGGUUAUCCUAUCAACCUGUGGGCAGAAUUGCAGUGGAAUUUUGCAUGUUACUAAUCUUUCUGGAAGUUACAAGGUUAAAUGUUUGAAUGUAUGUGUUUGUAUAGAAGACCUACAGGCUUCCUGAAAAUUUAGGGUGGGUUUGAAAUCAUGGCUUAUUGAUGGUGAAAAAAAAAUCAGAUGAAUACUGUAGAUGUUUUAAAUUGUUCAUAAUUUUUCCCUAGUCAUUAUUAUUUACUAAAGAGUUGAACAUCUUGAAAUGCUCAGUUUAAAGAUUGACCAAGUAAACAAGUACCUUGACCAGCUGGCCUCAGCAAAUAUUGAUCAUAAACGUGAUGAAGCUAAGAAAGCUCUACAACUACUGCUACGUAACACAAGUGCUCUGGAACAGGUCUGUAGAUUUUUUAUUUUGUAACAUUUUACAGUAUUAUUUACCAGAUAUUUUCUUUAUAAAUACUUGAUAAAUGUCAUAUUCUAGUGGAUGAGAUCAUCUUAAUUUUCUCUUACAGAAAUGGUUAAUCAGGAUAAUUUUCAAGGUUAGUUUUGCUUUAUCUGCCAUAAAUAUGUCAAUUAGAUGAUGCCUAUUAUAAAGAUGACCAAAACUUAACCCUUUACACCCAAACAUUAGCACUUAGCAUAUUCUCCAUACUGUUCUUGAUACUUUUCUUAUGGUGCCAGUAGGGAGAAUAUGUUUAACAAUCAAGAUUAUUCUUAAGUGUGUGAUCAUUUCCUUUAUUCUCAUGACCUUAGUGUUUGAUUCAGGGGUGUUAUUGUGAGGAGAAACUAGAUGCUGGUCACUCUUAGGGGUUAAAGGGUCAAUCAUUUAAAUUUAAACUAUAAUAGUUGUUAGUAAUAUUUUUUAUGUGAUCAUUGCAUUUGCCAGGAAUUGAAGAUUGGCCUUAGUGAGAACUCUGUAUUUAAUGUUUAUCAUCCAGAUGCAAUGGAACUGUUUGGAGUCUGUAACAGUCUACCCAAGGUCUGACAAAAUAUUUUGAAUUAGUUAAUUUUACUGCUAUUGGCAGAAGGUGGUGUUUUUACACUAGGUGUUAGUAUUGAGUUUCACUGGAUUUCAGAUUUUGUAGAUUUUAGUUUACCCAUCAAAGGACUAGUACAAAUCAAUUAUAACUUAUCAAACUUGCCAAUACUAAGAUUUUAAGUUUUUUUCAUUUUUUUCUUGAAAAUGCAAUUGACCAAUGUCAUUAAAUCUCUCAAAACUCUAACCUGUAACCUCUUUACACUAUAUACAGUGCCAACGUAAGGCAAAAGUUCUAGUUAAUUCAAAUUUGAAAGGAUGAAUUUAACCACAUUUAAUAUGGAAAAUUGCAUUAAAGGUUUGCAUGGAUCUUCAUGAUCGCAGCAUUAGGAUGAAUGAAGCAGAGAUGUCUUUAUUCUCACCAUUUCGACCAAUGUUGGCUGAAAGAAAACACAUCAACGAGGCUAGUAAAUCCAUAUUUUGUUGUGUUGUGCUGUAUAUUAAUGAUCUAAUUGCAUUAUAUUUUAAUUGUAUUUGUUAUAAUUUGUGUGUAAGUGUCAAAUAGUAAUUAUAAUUUUCUAACAAAAGGGAGUAGCAAUUUAAAAAGUGAAGAAACUCCAGUGCCUUUUUGUAUAGAGGUAGCCGAGUAGAAUUUGUGAUUGUUACCUUGAAGUUCUAAGAUUUUCCUCCUCACUGCAUUUCUUCACAGGUGGAGAAGGUAAUGAACAAUCAGUCAUUUUACAUAGAAACCAAAAUAGAUGGAGAGAGAAUGCAGCUUCAUAAAGACAAAGACAGUUUUAUGUACUUCUCAAGAAGGUACCAGUGUUUAGAUUAAACAACUUUUUUUUUUCUGUCUGCAAAUCCCUUGAAAAGCUUUCAAUGUAUAGGACCUAAUUUAACAUAUACCGUCAAGUCCAGGUUGAAGUCUGUAUGUGGACUGACAUGCAUGUAUUUUGGAGCAUGUUUACGUUUCUGUAACAUGAGGUGACCAGGAAUAUUGCUACUCCUUCCUGGGUGGGGUGCCAAUGUUAUCCCCACCCAUUUUAUCUGGUUUCCAUAUAACAGUUUAAAUAACUAUACUAUCUGUCUAGGCCCAUCACUCCUCCUGGGGCAUAGGCUGUCAACAACAGUCCAUCAGAGAUCUAUCUUCUGGGCCACCCUUUUUAAUUGGCUCUAUGAGAGCUAGUUAACAACAGUGCUGCUCAUUUCUGCUCUUGAGUGAGACAGUACUUAUUAAUAUCAAAUAACAUUAAAUAAAAUUUUAGCUUUGUUGAGUUAAAGUGGGCCACAAAAGUUGAUUGUAUUAUCAAUGAAAGAAGAUCCAUCUUAAGGACAGGAUUAAGUUGAUAUUACACUUUUCCAAAGAAUUGAAAUGUACUGAUUUAAUUAAUUGUAUUUAAUUUACAGUGCAAAUGAAUACACUCAUGUAUUUGGUGGGGACCCAUCCUCUGGAGUUCUCACACCUCACAUCCCUGGUUGCUUCUCAAGGUGUUUACAAAUCUCUCACUUUUUUUUAGAAAGUUCUCUGCAACUUGAUACUGUACCAGUUAUGACAAGUUGUCAGUGAAACCUACAUUUAAGAGAAGUUUCUUCAUGCAGAGAUCAGAUGUCUCCAAACUCUGAAAUGAUGCCUAUAAACACAUGUUAGUGUCUAAAAUAUCAAACACUAGUGUCUAAAACUGCAAAUUAGUCUCCAUAAUCAGACACUACUGUCCAGAAUAAGACUCUAGUGUCUAAAAUCAGAUAUGACUGUCCAGAAUGAGAUACUAGUCUUUAAUAUUGUUCAGUAGUGUCUAAAAUGGGACACUAAUGUAUAAAAUUAGACUAUAGUGUCUAAAACUGGAUGCUAGUGUCAGAAUUUGGGGAGAUCAGAUGUCUUAUGCUGUUGCUGUAUUGUGAGUCAGACUCAAGUGUGAGUAAAUAAUAAAUAAUUGCAGAGUCUAAUAUUUCCUGUACUGUCAAUUGGUUUUUCAACAUGUAGCUCUGUACAUUCAUGCAUCCUGGAUGGAGAAAUGGUUGUUGUUGAUCCAAAGACAGACACAUGGCUGUAAGUUUAACUUCCCAUAAUUUUGUUCCUCAUUUUGAUUCCAUUUCCUUUUCAUUUUUACUCCUUUUUUUACUCUUUGUCUUCCUCUCUCUCUCACUUGUAUUUUGCUUACUUCUUCAUUCACUUUCUUCCAUCCUUUCAUUGUUCUAUCUUUACCUCCUUCCUUUUUCUCCUCUCCUUUUCUUAUUUCUAACCUGACUUCCCCCUCACUUGGCUGUUCUCUCUUCCUGUUCUCCUUUCUUUUCCCUUCCUCUGCUAUCAUUUAUGAUCAAUUAUCACUCAGUGGAAGACUAGAUGCUAUACAUAACCUGAACCAAAUUCUGAAUUUACUUCGUACAUUUUAGAUCAAAGGGAAUGAAUGUUGAUGUGAAAUCCUUAACCGCUUAUGAAAACGGUAAAGAAAUAUCCUUCCAAUGUUUGAUCUAAAGAGUAACAUUACCAUUGUAAUACACAAUGUCUUGUAAUGAAGAUCAGCUUGAUUUAUGAUGUAAGGUUGGCUAAAACUUACAUGUACAUGUGCAUUUUCUGUUAUCACAUGUGAAUUUCUUGUCCUUGUCAUUUUUAGAUGAAGGUCAUCACCCUUGCUUCAUUGUGUUCGAUAUUCUUAUCAUUAAUGAGAAAAAACUGGCAAAUGUUCCUUUGCGUGAAAGAAUUAAAUCCAUGGAAGAGUGAGUACAUAUCAGUCACGUGACUUGAUUAUUCAACCACGAGUGGGGUCUUUUGUACCAGUUGCAUAUUUAUUAAUUAUUGUUUACAUUAUGGUUGGAACAUUUGACCAAAGUGUUGCUUUUAUUUUUUGUUUGAUAUUGCGACUUUUCUUCUAAAUCUUUUGUAGCAUGCUGAAGCCAAAGCCUGGAUAUCUUCAGUUUGUUGAGAGACAAGAAGUCGUUUCUAAGUACGUAAUAGAGCUGUACAUCAAGAAGUAAAGGCUAAAAGUUUGGAAGUAUUCGAACUUAAUCUCUUAAACCACAACCAGUUGAAAGUGAUCUCAACGACCAAUCAGAUCAAAGGAAAAUAUCUCAAGGGACCAAUGAAAACUUAGUAGGACGAGCAAAUUUCCUGAGGUGCAGGAUACUUUGCAUCUGAUUGGUUGAGAAAGUGGUGUGAGUUUUUCUGGACCAAACACAGAUCAAAGUAAAAUAAAAGCGAAUCAAUCCCGGGUAUUUCAGACAUUAAGAUUAGAAUUGUUCUAUCAUUGACAAAGACGCUUUGUUUUGUUUGUAGGGAAGACGUCGUGAAAGCUCUCAACACUGCGAUUGACAAGAGGGAGGAAGGCUUGGUUGUAAAGUCACCGUCCUCUGUUUAUAAACCAAAUUCAAGAAGUGGUGUGUACAAAACUGAUUGCUAUGCGUUUACAAUGGUUUAUUGUGAGCUAACUUGAAAUUGUUCAUCAUCCUGUGCGUCUAUGUUUUCCAUUUGCAACAGGCAGUGGCUGGGUGAAGAUUAAACCAGAAUAUGUAGACAGCCUAAGUGAUGAGGUAUGUUUUUUUUAUUAUUAUUAUUAUUAUAAUUAUUAUUAUUAUUGUUAUUGUUAUUAUUGCUUAGGGUUCAUUAUCAUUAUUAUUAUUGUUAUCAUUCUCAUCAUCAUCGUUAUUACGAUUAUCAGAAUUUUUUAUCGUCGAUGCGACAAACCGAGUUUGAUUAUGUCUUGGCUUUUUGGUCAGAACAAACACUAAAACGUUUUUUAUUUGAUCUCAGCUGGAUCUCGUCAUUGUUGGUGGCUAUUUUGGAGUUGGGGUCAGUAGACUUUAAAUUAUGUUGUGUGUGGUCAUUCUUUAGACACCUCGUUAGCAUCUGCACUUUUUUCACAGUUUAUUCUUUACGGUGUUCGUGUCUUUCUUUUUGUCUAACUCAUUUUCGUUUAUUUGACUGUGUGUAUAUCUAUUUGCGUGUUCGUUCGUUCGCGUGUUCUUCCGUCUGUGUGUUCGAUCAUUUUUGUGCAGAGUUACAGUAGUGUGUUGGUUCGUUGUUUCGUUGGGUAUUCCCUUAACUUUUUAGACAUUCACGCUUUUGUUGAUUAGCUCGCUUGUGGGAUUGUUUGACUGCUUCUGAGUCAAGGGGAACUUUUCGUUUAAAGUUGCUUUUGAAACGGAAAAGAGAAAAAACACGUGGAAAUUUAAAAAAUUCUUCUUGAUGAUGUUUUCAUGAUGGGAAUUUUUUUUCUCUCUGCAGCGCCGAAGUGGAAUGACAUCUCACUUUAUGUGUGCAGUGGCGGUUCCUUCGAACGUUCCAGGUGAACAUCCCAAAGUGUUCCAUUCUUUCUGCAAGGUAACAUUUUUUUUUCAAGUGGAGGUUGGUAAAACAAUAUCAAUACAUUUUCACCCUUAUCUCUGUUUAAAAUCAAGAGUUUUUAUGUAGUCUCGAGAAUUUGAAGAUGCAGGGCUUUUUCAUGGUGCGCCAUAUAAGUUUACGUAUUGUUUUAUAAGUAGCCCUGUCACAUCUUGUUCACAUAGGUGGGGUCUGGUUACACUAUUAAUGAGUUGCGUGAACUGGAUCAACAGUUGCGUCCACACUGGAAUGCAUUUGAUACUAAAAAGCCUCCAGAAUCAAUCAUUCUGGCCCCUGGAUUCAAGGUAAGAGAGAUUCGGUUCUGCCUGUCUUUGCCAUUAGUUACGUUUCCUUUUUAGUAGUUUUACGGAUGUUUUUCUCCGGCGCUAGGUGUUUAAACUACCUUGUUUAUCUACAGUAAUACCUGAGCCUCAGCUCGGUCAGUCGUGGGCCUUACUGUAGGUUGUAAGUUCACCAUCCCAGCAGUCAUCUUGUUUUUAACCAGGAGAACUUCGAGUCCUGGGGCGAGUUGUUUAAAGAUGGGUUUAUAUAACCCAGGGUUAGGAUGAAACCUGAUUUCAGAUCUGAAAGCUUUAAAAGAAAAUUAAGUAGAAUUUAUUACGUCUACAAUUUGAGACUAGAUGGGCGAUAAACAAUAAAGAAAAUUAUCUGAUAAAUGGCUUUUCAAUAAAGGAAAAAAAAUUUAACCCUGGGCUAGGGUUAGUCGCCCCUUAAACGACUGGGUCCUGGGGACUAGGCUGCGAUGAAGACCAACAACCGUCGGAAAAACGACGAAAAGCUUAAAUACAUACAUAUAUAUGUAUGUGUAUAUAUAUAUAUAUAUAUAUAUAUAUAUAUAUAUAUAUAUAUAUAUAUAUAUAUAUAUAUAUAUAUAUAUAUAUAUAUAUAUACACACACAUAUUACAAGUGGGUUUUGCAGUUGUUUCUUUUCUUAUCCGCUUAGGAAAAACCUGAUGUGUGGAUUGAACCGUCCAAAUCAAAGAUAGUUCAGAUUAAAGCUGCAGAAAUAAUUACAUCAGACAAGUAAGUUUAGUACCAAACUAACACUUUUAUCCCUUUUAUCCCUCUGAAAAAGGAUGUUAGGGUAUAGAAAACUCUCUUUCCCAUCCCUCCCCCCCCCGACAGUUUACCGUUACCCAUUUAUACUCUUUAGUUAAAAGAGGAGAACCACAAUAGGACUAGAACGUGGCUCGAACCCAGGCCUCUUAAUCUGAAUUUACGCGAACUAACCAUUUGGUCUCAUCUCAUAGACUAUCAUAGUGUUACUCUUGACCUGAAGAGACGUUUUGUUCUUUCGUUGUUAGGUUUAAAACUGGUGUGACUCUUCGCUUUCCACGGCUGGAAGCUGUUCGCAGUGACAAGAUGUGGUACGAGUGUUUGAACCUAAACGAACUGACCAGGCUGAAAUCGGUGAGAGAAAAUACACUAUGUGUCCGUAGUUUCCGUUAAGAGAGUUUGAACUUAAUUGCGUUUCUCAGAGUUAGAGCGAGCUCGAGCGCAUUACGUUUGAGUGUCGCAAAAAGAAAACCAACUUAAUGACAAAAGUCAACUAGAACGAAGGAAACUACCUAUAGGUAAGUGAAGAAAGAACAAGCAGACUUUCAUGAGCGCGGGAAAACGCGUGUAACCAAAUCGCGCUUGGCGUUGGUUUUGCAUGGUGGGUUGAGAUAAAGGCGCGAGUUUUCUACACCAAUCACAAAGCAUGUCGAAGCAAAGCCAGUGCAAUCGCGGAUUAGCUCCUCUAUCCCUAUUGGUUACUUUUCUUGAUAGGUGGCAGAGGGAAAGCUCACAUACCAACAUGUAAAUGCAGAGGAGAAAUCUGAACCAGCCAAGAAAAGAAGGCGAGAGGCUGCACGAGUUGAACAGUCACGGACCGUGGCCAAGCAUUUUAAACCGGCGGAUGUGUCUUCAGUUGAGGAGGUGAGUAAGUUUGAUAAAUCUCCAUGUUCUAAUUACACUGUGAUCCGCUAAUCGAUCAUGAAACUUGUGUUCCAGGUUUCGCAAAUGUUCCAGGAAAAGGAAUUUUAUAUUGUUAACGGUCCUUCCUCGCAUCCCAAGGCUGUUUUAGAAAAAAAAGUUGCCGAGGUAUUUUUUUUGUCUUUGUAUUAUCAUGAAACAGUUUCAUUUUAAAAUAUCUGACAUUUAUACUCUGGAUGCAUGUGUUUUUUUAUCGUUACGUUAUCCUACACCCUUGAUACAAGGCCUGAUAAAAUUAUAUGCUUGUAUGAAUUUACACAGUGCAGAUUUAUGUUUUCGCCGAUUUCUGUCGACUUACAUAUUGUUAGAUAAUUUUUUCACAGAAUGGAGGCACGUUGACUCAGAACCCUUGUUCUGACACUUUCUGUGUUGUGGCUGAGAGAAUCAACGUUAGAGUUAAGAAUAUUAUCAGGUAAGGAUUUACAUAAUAGAUAAAAACAUUUGCGAUAUCUACAGUAGAUUUUCCAUGUCAAAAGGAGAUACAUAAGAUACAUCCAUCCACACUGUAGCUCUCAUUGUUCUAAAUUACGUAGAAAUGCUCGUUUGCUUUGUUUCCUCCCCAUUAGUCAGGACAAAUACGAUGUGGUGAAGGCAUCUUGGCUUAUUAACUGCUUGGUAAGUCAAUAACACCUCAGGUUUGUAGACUGUAUGAAUAAAACCAGUCUUAAGUAUGGAUCAAAAAUAAAUUUUAAAAGGGUUUAUACCCCCGUUAGCUCAUUGUAGUUCAUUGCUACUGAUAAAAAUAUCGACCUGUCUUGAAGCGUAAGGUUCGACUUUUUUAGUAGGGCUUGGACGGCUUUCUCUGAAAAAGAGAAAGUUCACUAACGAGAAGUACUUGCAUAGAUAUUAGGGUUUUUCCCAGUUGCUUAACGCGAAGCGAGAAAAAAUAUUCCUCGUUCUACGGGAUGGAAUGUUAGUUUACAGCAGGUGUACCCUCAUCGUUUCGUCAUGCUUCCUUGACGCAUUUAUAUGUACAAGUAUUGUCCUUUCUGGGGAGGUGUAAUGCGUGGGUAAAGUGCCUCGCCUCAGAACACAACACAUUGAGGUAGUCAGGUUUCGAGCCCAGACCUCUCGAUGCUGACUCACUCUCGAUGCGUGUUAAAUCUGACUAAACCGUGCCCUACUGUGUCCUACCACCUUUGCGGUGCACCCAGUUUUGUGUGGUAUUUAUUGCAGUUUUUUAUUUAUCAUGAUUAUUAUUUUUGUGACCCCAAAAGGAUAGUGGCGAGCUGAAGCCGUGGAUUCCAAGUGAUAUGUUUCAUUCCUCGUCCCGAACUGCUGAUAAAUUUGCCGAGGAGUUUGAUCGACAUGGAGACAGUUACACAGAAUUUGCUACAGCCGAGUCACUCAGGAAAGCGUUUGAUAAUGUCCAAAGCAAGGUGAGGAGAGAUUUCUCUAGCAAUACUGGUACAAAAUAAAGCUAAAUAUUCCAUUAUGUUAGCGAGGAGAGCUUUAUCCAAAAUGAAAAAAAUAUGAUUGUACAGACGGAAAGCAAAAGAUCGUCAAAUCGUUGUUGAAACCUUUGGAAAAGACCGUCCAAUCAGAGAAUAGCACGAGUGAUCACGGGUUCCGAACAUCUCGUAUCAUGCUGCUUAGACACUUAAAAGAGGAACAACACUCGCUUCCAGGGUCCCUCUUUCCAUUCCCCCGUUAGUACAGGGACGUUAGUAACGAGGUACGGGAUGUGGCAUCCACUUGCCUUUUGAAAUUAAUUUGAAUUUUUUUUACUUUCGUGUUUCUGUUUUGCUUCAUAGAACUCAGCAGUUCCACUUUCAACUGAUGAAAUACUUGAAAUAUCUCAACGUUAUUUUCCCGAUAACUCGCCUUUUGGAUUGUUCAAACAUUGCAGGUAAAUCUGAUAGGUGCAGUUGAUCCGUUGAAAAAACACGUUUAGACAUCAAAGUUAUUUGAGUGUUAUCGUUUUUAAGCUUUGCAUCAAGCUGGAAUUCCUAAUGGUUGUGUCUACACACCUUAAAAACACCGGCGAACUAUACUUGUCUGAAGUAAUGAUUGGGUUAAAUGUCUUGAUGUUAACUUCGUUUUCAAGAGGAUUAAAUUUUGUUCUUUCUAGAGUGUACCUUGAUCAGUUCAUUAUUAUUGGGAAUAAAUCAACGGUGAGUGAGUGUAAGCUUUAAGCUCAAAAUUUCCUUAUACAGCAGUAUCCCUUCAUUGAAGUUUACAGAUGCAAAGGUUGUGAAGGCUUUGUUGUUAGUCAAUGAAAAAGCUUUUUCUUCUUUAAUGGAGGUACUUCCCGGAUAGAGGUGUCUAAAAAGAUAGCAUCUUCUUUUGUUAUUGUUUUGGAGCCAGUCUAAGACGAGGCGAAACCUCAGCCACCUACAUACUUUAUUAAUAUGCCCCGACAGCUGAGUAAAAUUGAAUUAGCUAGUCUUCAUUGACUGUUCCUUUUCUUCAGCGCUUAUUUUGACUUGGCAACCUCCAAAACCGCUCCCGCGUUUUUAGGUCGUAGAAAGCAACUAAACAAGUCUCUUCAAACGUUCUCUUAUGAUCAUUUUCUUUUCAGGGAAUUCCUAAUAGCAGUUUGGAGCUUAUUGGUUUGAAACUACGCAUGUUCGGGGCACGGAUCACCGACAGUUUUGAUAGCAAAGUGACUCAUGUCGUCUUCGAUGGAAGGUGAGUACAACUAAAUGCUUUCCACUUUAAUUUCCUAACGAGGUGAUUCCGGCUUUUUCAUGAUUCUAUGACUUCUCUUUGCUUAGGGAUCUUUGUCGCCUCAGAGAGCUACAAAGAGUAACGCAAGAUAGAGAAGUAAAACAACACCUUGUUACGCUAGACUGGGUUGCGCAAUCAAUUCAAGCUGAAAAGCUUCUACCGGAAAGACACUUCAGACCAGUUACGUAACGUGACUGUAACAAUGAAUCCAAGCUUCCAGCGUUUAGAUGUCUGGGGCAGUUUGAGUUUCCUUUGCAGCCGUUUCUAAAGGUCUCGAAGCUUGCACAACGUGACUGAAAAGGAUACCAAGAUAGUUCAAUAAUGAAUGCAAGUCUGCCCAGAAGGAAAUUUCCCGUUUUCAACCUGUUGUUAAAAAAAUCUUGUCUUGAAAGAAUUUCUUCCUGAUUCUAUUACCAUUUCCAUGGUUAUAGCGCAAGACCUUUAUUUAAAAAAGUAGGAAAUGAGUUCUUUAUUGAAUGUUACUUAUGCCUAUCGUAUUACAAACAAUGUAUGCGAAGUUACAAGAAUUAACUCACCAGAUAUUACAAAAACUUUUAAGGUCCUUGAAUGAUUCUUUCUUUCCAAAAGGACGAAAAUAAAUAGAAAAAUAAAGUUUCAC